AUGGCUCACUCAACGACCGCAACAUCAACCUAUGUUCUUGCAAAAUAUUCCAGGUCAUAUCCCUCAAAAACGCCUACCCAAUCGCAAGAUACAUCCUCAGAAUGGCAGCACUUCACAAACCCUCCCAUAUCUCUCAUCCUCGACAUCAAGAAGAGCGGCGACAAUGAGUUAGAGUCUAUGCGUCUUCGAAUACUGUGGCGUAUCAACCAUGACAGCCCAGAAGAUGGUCUUAACAAUACAGAGGUCGUCUUUGAAGAUAUUGAUCUUUUAUCGUUCUCUGCCCUUGAAUCACGAGUCCCGCAGAAGCAAAACUCACAAGGAUUCCCUUUGAAAGCCGUCCACCGUGAUACUCUCGUUGGAAUACGAUAUAUGCACCCUCGUGAUCAAAUCCCACCAACAUUUCGACGUUUUCAGGUUUCAUUUUCGUCGCCAUCUCUCGUGUCCGAAUUCAUCAAUGCCAUUCAAACCGUGUGUCCGUGCAAGCAGAACCCAAAUAACCCCCAGGUUUCCAACCUCAACUCUAAUCCAAGUGUCAUUGGCCUUCCCCCCUCCGGCGGAACACAACCUCAUGCCCAGCUCUCUGACAACGUCAUUAACUUGCAAUCAGAUCGUGGUGAACCCAUUCCCUUGCCAGCCGCCCAAGGAGCAAUACAAGGUUCUCAGGCACCAUUCUCUUCUUCCCUCGGCAUACCACAGCACUUCAGCUCGUCACCUUUCAACUCAGUCGCCCACCCUACCUCUUCGUCUGCAACCAGCGCCAGAUAUGGGCUUGAGGCGACCGACUCUAUAACUGUUUCCAACCGUUAUCUUGAUCAGAAUAUCUCCCUCCAGUUUGCCUCCGCGGGAUAUGUCGGUCAGAUCGAACCAAACCCCAGCCCCUUAACCCUUCCGACCCCGUCAUCACUUCCGUGUUCUGAACCGAGUGCAACAAAUGGAGGCAAUACAAUUGCGUCUAACACGGACUCUCUUCAGGUUCCCCCCCUUGACCCUGUCCUGGCCUCUCUCAAAGAAGUGACCUCGAUAUAUAAUCUUUCCUCAGCCACUUUAGAACAAGUGGUAGGUGACGUGAUCAGGGAAGAAGGAUUUCCCCGCUUGCUUGAACAACUUGCUCCUUUGUGGAAAAUUCGAAGCCUUGUGGGGGCGUGA